AUGUCGAUCAACCGGAACAUCCGACCCUCUGUCAAUCUCCACGGCCCAGAAUCAACUCCAGCUGUUAGUGCAGAUAGUUCCAGGGAUGCUCAGAUACAGGGAGAGGAACUAUGGACAUUAUCAGAUUUGGCCGCUGAAAAUUUGUCAAGAGCAACUCGGUUAUUAUUUGAAGCACCCAAUAACCUACCAUCUAAUGCUGGAGAGCACAAGGGUCAUUGUUCGACUUCAGCUAGCAGGGAAGGCUCUAAUAUUGUGAUAACUUUAACUGACCCAGGACUGCUUGAUUGCCCAAUUUGCUGUGAACCCUUGACCGUUCCUGUCUUCCAGUGUGAUCAAAAUGGGCAUCUAGCUUGCUCCUUGUGCUGCACCAAAAUCAAUAACAAAUGCCCCUUUUGUUCCUGCCCCAUUGGCUCCAAUCGUUGCCGAGCCAUCGAGAAGAUUGUGGAAUCAAGUACAACUCGGUGCAAAAAUAUCAAGUACGGCUGCAAUAUUCCGGUGACUUACAACACGAAGAAUGAACAUGAAAAGACAUGUGUAUGUUCACCUUGUUCAUGCCCUUAUUUAGGAUGCAAGUUUGUUUCCUCGGCCAAGGAGUUAUACCAACACUUCAGUAAUGAUCAUUUGGAUUCGGCAAUAGGCUUCCUGUAUGACAACUUUGACCUUGAUUACAGUUUCCCAAUUACAUUGACAAAGAAUGACAGCUUUCUUGUUGUUCGAGAAAUGGUUAGUGGUACAUUAUUUAUCCUCCACAAUCGUAUUGUAGUUCUGGGAAAUGUUGUGACGGUUAGCUGUGUUCAACCUAGCUUCAUGGAGGAUUUCAACUAUGAUCUUCUUGUUUCUAACAAGGAAAGUUCUCUCAAAUUUCAGUCUCUGACAAAAAGUACUCCAAGCCUGCAGGUUAAUGGCUCUCCUUCAAGAAGUGUUCUGUUAAUCCCAUGUGAGUUUUUCGACUCUUGUGGUCAGGUCAAGAUUGAUGUUUCCAUACGGCGCAUAUGGUGAAUGCCCUGCUUCCGGUGAG